ACCUCUUCCACAAUAUGAGAUUUUAUUCUUAAAAAUAUAUACUACCAAAGAAACUUUAAACUAUUUACCAAACACUUCCAUUAUAUUAGCUGAUUAUAUAUCAAGAGAGAGAGAUAUAACAAGAAGACGAAUCUUUAGAGAGAGAGAGAAAAAAUAAAGAAGAGAAGAUGGGUGUGGUAGAGGAAGCUCACAACGUGAAGGUGAUUGGUUCAGGAAAUCAAGCUACGAUCGUGUUAGGUCACGGGUUCGGCACGGACCAGUCAGUGUGGAAACACCUGGUACCACAUCUGGUCGAUGAUUACCGCGUCGUGCUUUACGACAACAUGGGAGCUGGUACGACAAACCCGGAAUAUUUCGACUUCGAUCGUUACUCAACUCUCGAAGGCUUCUCCUUUGAUUUGAUUGCAAUCUUGGAAGAUCUCCAGAUUGAGUCUUGUAUCUUUGUUGGUCACUCUGUUUCCGCCAUGGUUGGUGUCUUGGCUUCUCUUAACCGUCCUGAUCUCUUCUCCAAAAUCGUUAUGAUUUCUGCUUCUCCAAGAUACGUGAACGCUGUUGAUUACCAAGGUGGAUUCGAACAAGACGACUUAAACCAACUCUUCGAAGCGAUGCGAAGCAAUUACAAAGCUUGGUGCUCAGGUUUCGCUCCACUAGCCGUCGGUGGUGACUUAGACUCAAUCGCCGUUCAAGAAUUCAGCAGGACACUCUUCAACAUGCGUCCUGACAUUGCUCUCUCCCUCGGUCAGACCAUUUUCCAAAGCGACAUGAGACACAUCUUACCUUUUGUCUCUGUCCCUUGUCACAUCCUCCAAAGUGUUAGGGACUUAGCCGUACCAGUUAGUGUUUCAGAGUAUCUUCACACCAAUCUUGGAAGUGAAUCCGUCGUUGAGGUUAUUCCUUCUGAUGGUCAUCUUCCUCAGCUUAGCUCGCCGGAUUCUGUUGUUCCCGUCGUCCUCCGUCACAUUCGUAAUGACAUUGAUUUCUGAUUGUGGGAGAUUUAUUUAAUUAAUUAAUUAAUUAACGAUGUCAAAAAUUUGGAAAUAAACUUUUGAUGUGAUAUGUCUACCUAUUGAGAACAUUGUUUCGUUGUGGUUUGGUUCUGAUUCGUUUGUCUUUGAGUAGUUGAUCGUUGUUGUUCUUAUCUUUUUGUUAAAGGAAAAGUCUCUGUCUUUUGUCCA